CACCAUCGAAGAAGAAGAGCAGCAGUGUUGUCUUCCGGCUCUGGGAUUCACGUGGACGAGCAGCAGCGUGAGUUAGCUCCUGAAGCUAACAGGAACCCGAUUAAAAACACAAACAUGACGCAGCUGGACGGUGUGGUGAAACCCAAGACGAAGCGCUCCAAGCGUUUCUUGGACAGCAGAGCGCCAAAACUGUCUGAGGAUGUGAAGACGGCCAUGAUAAUGAAAGGAGGGAACAGCAACCAAACUGUCACCCAGGCCCUCAAAGACAUCUAUGCCCUGAAGAAGCCCAACGCUGUUCUCUACAAGAAGAAGAACAUAACGCGACCUUUUGAAGACUCGACGUCACUGGAGUUUUUCUCCAAGAAGACGGACUGCUCUCUGUUCCUGUUCGGCUCGCACAACAAGAAACGACCCAACAACCUCAUAUUUGGUCGUCUCUUUGACUUUCACGUGCUCGAUAUGGUGGAACUUGGAAUUGAGAAAUACGUGUCUUUGAGUGACAUUAAGGCCAGUAAAUGUCCUGAGGGGACCAAACCGAUGCUGGUGUUUGCAGGGGAGGCUUUCGAUAUGGACAACGAACACAAACGCUUGAAGAGUCUGCUCAUAGACUUCUUCAGAGGGCCCACGGUGUCUGCGGUGCGUCUGGCGGGAUUAGAACAUGUCCUCCACUUUACGGCCCUGGAAGGGAAAGUCUACAUGCGCAGCUACAGGUGUCUGCUGAAAAAGUCUGGGUGUCGGACGCCAAGGAUUGAGCUGGAAGAGAUCGGGCCCUCAUUGGAUUUGGUGUUAAGAAGGACUCACCUGGCUUCAGACGACUUGUACAAGUUAGCUCACAGACGGCCCAAGGCUCUGAAGAUCAGGAAGAAGAAGAAUGUUUCCCAUGAUGCCUUUGGCACGAAGUUUGGCCGUGUGCACAUGCAGAAGCAGGAUCUGACCAAGCUGCAAACGAGGAAGAUGAAGGGUCUGAGGAAGAGGAGGGGAGCAGUGGUCUCUGACGACCAGGAGGGAGGGGCGGCCAAAGCGGCCAAAGUCGACGUCUGAGGGUCACUUUGUCUUUUUCUUCUUCCUGUCCGUACACAUUUAAUGUUCAGCUCCGGUGCUGGACGGUAACCAUGAUUUAAAGACUGAGCGUAAAGCUGAGCAGUAAGGAGGACGUUUAUCUGCUUCCUCUGGCCGUAUCUUCUCUUCCCCGUGUGACUCUCAGCUGAUUCUGUGUCCCGCCCGUCAUCAAUGUGUCGUCUCAAUGCUCUGAUUAAAACCUAGAUUAGGUCCAUCAAAUGUAAUCUACAUGUACAGGGGAAGUCUGCCUGAUAAGAGAUCAAUUCAAGGCAGGGUCAGUGGGUUUGUCUGUGACCUGAAAUGUGUGAGGUUUUCUUUACUGAAGAGAAAUCGGACUGUGUCGAGCUGUCCGGAUCUGUAACUUUUAUUAAAAUCUGAGCUCAUUGUGUCCAUGUC